UCUUCAAAGCCCUGCGCUGCCAUCUGUCCCCAUGCUUCUAUCACAACCUCCAGUCGAGGACAUUCACAUGCCAGGAGCAUGGUAUGAUGUCGUUCCCUCACGCACAAGUGACCCAAUCACACUAGACGACGGUGAAGUGCUGGACGUACGACUUCUUUCUCCAGAAGACGAGAAAGCUUUAUACUUAUUUCAUGAAAAUCUGAGUGAUCGAACGAAAUUUGAACGGUUCCACGGCGUCAUCCUUCACCUUUCUCCUGCCCAACUCCACUAUUUCACCCACAUUGACCAGCAUACCCGUGUUGCGCUCAUCGCACUCAAACCAUCUGAACCUUCGUCGACAGUGAAAACUCCUACGAUCGUCUCAGUGUGCAGAUAUGAUGUUAUUCCGUCUGAUCCGACUGUCGCGGAGCUGGCGAUAGUAGUCACUGAUGCAUACCAGGGGCGUGGUCUUGCCACUCAAAUGGUAGAACGAUUAUUCGAAUACGCAAAACAGGAUGGCAUAAAGGAGAUUAGAGCGGCUAUGCUGCAUGAGAAUGUCCGCGUUCAUUCAUUGCUGAAGGAUGUAGCUGCGCGGAUGGGUGUGGAGGUUGUGGAAACGCGCCAUGCCAAUGCGGAUUACGAAGAGGACGAAGUAUCCGUCAUACUAUCUGCAUAGAUACUGAAUGGCUUUAUUGCUUGGAUACAAUUACUUUGGCAUGGCGCCGGUAUUGAAAAAGCAAACUUGCUUUCAAGGUAUUUGAUUUUUAUUCGUACACGAGAGAUGGUUGGUUUACAAAGCCACUGUUUCAUUUAGUUUAUAGUAUAUUUAGUGCUAUCUAUCCGUUCACGAGUGAUGUGAAUAGUAGUAUUUUAGUUUCACACAAUUUUCUGCAUUUUUCAUUUGGUAGAAUUAUAUAGACAUUUCUUGUAUUUAGUGCAGAGCAUUCACGAUUGCCCACCGUCAUUUGCAACAUUGGGCAACUCUCAUGUUAAUUCAUAAUUCCUGAUCGUACAUCACAAGGAAACUGACAAAACAAUAACAUGAUGCACAGGGAAAAGUGGAUAUUUUUCACAAUCAAAAA